UUCACUUUAGUGAGAAGAAAAUUUUUUCGAAAAAAAUUCUCUCACAGUCGUUCCAUUACUCCAUUACUGUGAAGAUCAAUUUGGCAGCAAACUGAAACAAAACGAAAACAUUUUGUUUUUCGGAAUUAUUAAAUAAUUUUUUUUUUCAAAAUAUAUUUAAAAAAAAAAAUAGAAAAAAAAAAGCAAAAAUGAAAGUUUUUAACUAGGUCGAAACUUAAUUAAAAUAAAAAUAUUAAGAACAAUAAUAAAAAUAUUAAAAAAUUUCUAAAAAUGAAAUAUCCAAAUUUCGAAAAAAUUUCUCUAUUUAUUUUAUUAAUAAAUUUAUUUAUAAAUAGUAGUUAUUCGUAUACGGUUAUUAAAAUUGGUGCAAUAUUUUUUCCUGGUGAAGAUGAUUUAGAACAAGUAUUCAGUUUAUCAAUAAGUGCCAGUAAUAGAAAAUUUUAUGAAACAAGAUUGGUACCGGUUAUAAGAUAUGCUCCAGCUGAUGAUAGUAUAUUAUUAGAAAGAUUAGUUUGCGAUUUACUUUCAAACGGAACAAUGGCUAUUUUUGGACCAAGUUCAAAGGCGUCAAGUGAUAUUGUUGAGUCCGUUUGCAAUUAUGCUGGAAUACCACAUAUUAAAUUUGAUUGGAAUCAUGAUGGAACUUUUGCGGAAAAAAGUUUUCAUAAAAUGACAAUAAAUAUGUAUCCUAGCCUUCAAGCUCUAUCAAAAGCAUAUAGUGAUAUUUUAUUAAAUUUUGGAUGGAGACAAUUUUCCUUAAUUUAUCAAGAUGACAUUGCCCUUAUUCGAUUUCAAGAUGUUUUAGAAUUAUUACCAUCACAUAAAUCUGGUAUAACAAAAUAUAAAUUGGAAUCAGAUGAAUAUGGAACAAUAUGGAAAGGUAUUAAACAUAAUCAAAUAAAUCGUAUUGUUGUUGAUUGUAGUGCUGAAGUACUUGAAGAUGUGAUAAGAAGUGCAAAAGAUUUUAAUGUUACUGAAGGAUUUAUUGCUAUAUUAUUAACAAAUUUAGAUACUCAUACAGUUGAUUUAAAACAAUUUGCUACAGCAAUGCGUGUCAAUGUGACUGCAUUAAAAAUAAGUGUUAAUGAAGGAGCAGCAUUACCGGAAGAACAAACAUUAACUGGAGUUGUGCUAUUUGAUGCUGUUCAACUAUUUUCAAAUGCUAUACAAUAUUUAAGUCGAUAUUACCAAGUUCGUUUUACAGAACCAAGAGUACGUUGCGAAAAUUAUCGAGAAAAUCAAAAAGGUUAUUCAUGGACGUACGGGCCAAAUAUUAUAGAUACAAUGAAAAAAGUUCAAAUGGCAGAUGAUGAUGAAGAAGAUGUCUUUAUUACAAAAGAUAUAAAAUUUAGUGAAUUCGGAGAAAGAACUGGUUUCAGUUUAGAUAUUUUUCGACCAUUAAGACAAAUUUCAUUAGCCACAUGGAGAUCAGACGGUGUUAUUGAACCAUUUAAAAGUGCACCAAAAAGUGUACAAAAUGUAGAAAGCGAUGUUGAAAUUGAACAAGACAGAAGACUUUUUAAAGUUUCUGGUCGUCUCGGUACACCUUAUUUGAUGGAAAGGAAAGCAAAAGAAGGUGAAAUUUUAACAGGUAAUCAAAGAUAUGAAGGAUAUUCAGUUGAUUUAAUACAUAAAUUGUCACAACAACUUGAUUUUGAUUAUACUAUUGAAAUUGCACCCGACAAUCAAUGGGGUAAAUUAGAUCAUACUACUGGGGAAUGGAAUGGUAUCAUUAGGGAAUUAGUAGAUCAUAAAGCUGACAUUGGAAUAUGUGAUUUAACCAUAACACAUGAAAGACGACAAGCAGUUGAUUUUACUGUACCAUAUAUGCAAUUGGGUAUUAGCAUUUUGUAUUAUAAGGAACCUCCUCCAGAUCCAGAUUUAUUUUCAUUUUUGAAACCAUUUGCAUUAGAGGUGUGGAUAUAUAUGGCAACAGCGUAUCUGAUAAUUUCAAUUUUACUCUUCCUACUGGCAAGAAUUGCUGCCGACGAAUAUGAAAAUCCACAUCCGUGUAAUCCUAAUCCUGAAGAAUUAGAAAAUAAAUGGUGUAUUACAAAUACAACAUGGUUAGUAAUGGGAUCACUUAUGGGUCAAGGUUGUGAUAUUUUACCAAGAACUGGGCCAUUGAGAAUAGUUAGCGCUUUAUGGUGGUUUUUUGCUCUUAUGAUGUUGAAUUCUUAUACUGCUAAUUUAGCUGCUUUUUUAACAUCAUCAAGACAACAGAGUUCAAUUGAAUCAAUUAAUGAUUUAGCUGAACAGAAUAAAAUUAGUUUUGGUACUGUUAAUGGCGGCAGCACAUCUACAUUCUUUAAGGAAUCAAAUGAUUCAGUUUAUCGUCGUGCAUGGAAUAAAAUGGUACAAGCUAAACCAACAGUUUUUACAGCCGAUAAUAAUGAAGGAUUAGAAAGAGUUAAAAAAAGUAAAGGAUUAUAUGCAUUUUUAAUGGAAACUACUGGCUUAGAAUAUAUAACAGAGAGGAAUUGUGAAGUUCAAUCAAUAGGUGGUGUUAUUGGUGAAAAACAUUAUGGUCUUGCAGUACCUUUAGGUUCUGACUAUCGUUCUAAUUUGAGUGUUGCUAUACUGAAAUUAAGUGAAAAAGGAGAAUUAUUUGCUUUAAAAAAGAAAUGGUGGAAAGGACACAAUGUAACUUGCGAAAAAUUUGAAACUGAUUCCAAUAAUGAAUUGGGUAUUGAUAAUGUUGGUGGCGUAUUCUUAGUUCUUGGAGCUGGUCUUUUUACAGCUUAUGUUAUAGGAAUAUUUGAAUUUCUAUGGAAUGUACAACAAGUUGCUGUAGAAGAGAAAAUAACACCAUUGGAAGCAUUAAAGGAAGAAAUAGGUUUUGCACUGAAAUUUUGGAUUAAUAAAAAACCGGUUCGAACAAAUGAAACAAUAUCAUAUUAUUCACAAUCAAGACGAUCUUCAAGAUCAAGAUCACAAAGUCAAAUGCAAAAUGUUAACAUAUUUCCAGUUAAAGAAUAAUUUUAUUGAAAUUUUGGUGAUUUUGGGGAAUAUUCGAAACUGUUACUAG